GCACGUUUCCAGAUCUAAAAAUAGGAUUGUGUUGAAGAAAACCCAAGAUGUCAAGGAAGAUUUUACAGACGUUUUGCAGAAUUAGUCGCAGAUCUGUGGAUGCUAUUACUCAUAGAUCAAUAGGCACCACAAGCAGACUAGCAGCAGCCAAAAUUUUAGAUGGGGUUGCCAUUGCAAAAGAUAUGAAAGAUGAAGUGAAGGCAGAAAUUGAGGGUUUUGUAGCCGAAGGACGACGCCCCCCAAACCUGUGUGUGAUACAAGUAGGGGAGGACCCAGCCAGCAAGGCUUAUGUAACCAACAAAAUCAAGGCAUGCAAAUACACAGGGAUUACAAGUGAAAAGAUCAAUCUACCGAUAGAGACCACAGAGGAACACCUGUUGUCUCUAAUUCAGGAGAAGAAUGACAGUGACGAGGUGGACGGCCUCUUGGUACAACUUCCAGUCCCAAAACACAUCACUGAGAGGAAGGUGUGUAAUGCUGUCCAUCCAAGUAAGGAUGUUGAUGGAUUCAACAUCAUCAAUAUUGGCAAAUUCUGUUCAGAUCAGAAGUCCUUUGUACCAGCAACACCAGCUGGGGUCAUGGAGAUUCUCCGAAGAUCAGGUAUUGAGACCUACGGGAAAAAUGCUGUUGUAUGUGGACGGUCUAAGAAUGUCGGGAUGCCUCUAGCAAUGCUGCUGCAUGCUGAUGGUAUAUAUGAAACCAAGGCAGGUGAUGCUACAACCACAAUCUGCCACAGAUACACACCUCCAGAACAGCUUAGAGUAUUCACUAAAACGGCAGACAUUUUGGUGGUUGCGGUGGGAAUCCCAGGACUGAUCACAGCAGACAUGGUGAAGGAAGGAGUGGCCGUCAUAGAUAUUGGCAUCAACAGGGUUAAGGAUGAGGCCACUGGCAAGAUGAAACUCGUUGGGGAUGUCGACUUUGAAGGUGUAUCCCAGAAGGCCGGCUAUAUCACUCCAGUGCCUGGCGGUGUGGGACCUAUUACUGUAGCCAUGUUGAUGAAAAACACCCUCACUGCCUACAAGAAGGAGAUCACUUUUGAUUGACCACCCGCUGUAUCCUAGACUUGUAUUCUCUUUGGACCAAUGAAGUACAAUAAUACGGAGAAAGUGAUAUUUGGACAAAAUUAUCAAGAAUGAAAAGAAAAUCAGGAAUGUUGAAAAUGGCUGAACUAGACAUGUUUAAAAUAUUUUGAAAUCGCGAUCAACGAAGAGUUUGUUAUACCAGAUAUGUGGUACAUGUUGAAUUAUGUAUGGAGUGUCUGUAUGGGUUAUACAGGUUGUGUGUGUUAAAUAAGUUACAUGCUCUUCUCACUGGUGGGAAUCAUGUAUAUUUUGAUGUCUAGCAUGAAAGUAUUCACAGAUUCGUUUUGGCAUUUUAUUCACCUAAAACAUCGCCAUUAUAUAAUAAUAUUUUUAUCCUUUUUUUUACCAGUAAAGUAACUAUCUGAAAAUAUUCAUUAAAUAGAACUGUUAUUGUUUGCUCUAGUGGGCAAAAUUAAUGAAAAAUUACACUUUUUUUCAUAUUUGAACCAAUAAAAAUAUGAAAUGAAACAUGUAUCCUGUCAGGAAGCACACACUCUGUGUGUUUGGUAGUGUCCUACACAGAUGUCCUCAAUGUCUGGCAUUACUCAUGUUCCACUCUAUAAAGUCACUUUACAUGUAGUUGAUGCAAAUUUUCAUCUUAAUAUAAUGUUGUCUACACGUAACAAUUUUUGCUGUGCUUUUUUUCAUACCAAUGUCUAUAUUUAAUGACGAACAAGUGCCUUUGGUUACUGGGUAUCUUUUGUUUAUGUUUUUGGUCAACAUUUUUAAACAAAUGACUUGUUUUUACAAUCACUAAAAUAUGCUUUCACAUUUUUUUUAUUCGUUUUACAUAUUACUAUAUAUGUAGAUCUAUUGUUAUCAGUUUUAUGUUUGCUUUUGUUUGUUACUUUUGCCACCAGUGUAGUGCUGUGUUUGAUUUCUAAUGGAAGAUACUUACUGUAUACAUAAAUAAUUAUGUACAUAUAGUUGCCCGCCCUUCCUGUUUUGAUGGCAGAAUCAGAAUAUUGCACCCAAAACUUUUAGGCUGAAAUAAUCUGUAAAAUUGCUUCAUUAGUAUGUAGGUCUAAAACACAUAUACAUUGUACUAUAGUCACACAAAGACCAGCAUGACACGUGUAAAGAGUUCUCAGUUAUUACAAGGUUUUUUUUCAGUUUGUAAUCAAAUUUAUGUAGCAUAUAUAUAUAAUAGGAAGUAGAUUACUUAAACAUAUUGAUAUACACUUGCUUAUUUUUUUCCAUACUUAUAUAUAUCUGGGAGUAAGUCCAUACCCAGCUAUGAGCCUACACCCCAGCCCUAUUUUUGACCCCCACUGGUAGAAGGGAUCGUAAUGGUUAUGAACACACAUGUACUGUAAUUUACUACUAAGACAAAUCAGCCAUAGUAUAAUUUGAAGAGACCAUAUUGUAUACAGAAAAAACCAGUAAAAGGGUAGUGAAAGUGUGAAAUGUAUCUGAAAUUUGUUUCCCAUAAUGAUUGAAGUCUGUUUCCAAAUACAUAGCAUGAGUAAGUUUUUCAGGAAGUUGUUGAACUCAUUAUUUUUCUAGCUACAUGUAUAUCUAUGAAGAGUAAUAAUUGCUACAGAUUCGGACUGAUCUUUCAUUAAAACUCAGUUCACUUUAUGGACAUGUAAAAUUUUGAAUGAUGAGAGUUCAAGUUAUGAAGGUACAAUUGAGGAUGUCCAGAGAAAUUUACCGGUGUAUUUUUUACAAUUUCUAUUGAUUUUUACCUGAUGAUUAUUCUUCUGGACUUUCUUUUUACAUACUGGCAUAAAUAAUUCACAACUUCGAGCUUUCUUGCAGUAUACAGCUAUAUAUUUACGUGCUCAAUUGUUUAUUUGUAUGUGUAUAUAUGUAUUUUAGACUUGUCACAUAUCACUCUAGUCCUUGCUUACCUUCUCAGGUCUUCUCUCUCUUUAUAUUGUGUUUCCAGUCUUCUUUAUUCAACCCUGUAAAUGUCUCCAUAUAUGGUAUUGAAUUCUGGCAUUGAAUACAUAUCUUUUGUGCUAUAGUUAUACAUGUUAUGUAAAAUUUAUAGAUUUCCCUAUUCAUAUAGAGUAAACCUUGUUAUACUGCCAUCGUUAUUGAUACCUAGAAUCUUAAAUGGAGCAAUAUAUGGAGGGUGAGAUAUGGUAGAAAUUUUGAAAAACAAAGGGAAAGAUGGGCUUGCAGGUAUAUUGAUGAUCAACAAAUGGUCCAAUGAAAGGUUUUACUGAAUAUUGACAAAAUGUGGGUCAUUGAAUCAUAUUUCUACUGUCUUCUGACAUGUGAGGGCACUAUAGAUUAGAUAUACUGUCAGUGGCGGGCAAAGGCCAGAUAAGGGGCAGUAUCGUGAGAUUUAUUGUGUGUGUUGAGGGAUACUUUCAAGAUCAGUUUUCUAUUUUUUACUUUAUCCAUGUGUUGUUUUAUUGUCUGGGAAAACUUAUUGUGAUAUAUAUACUGGUGUUAGAUAAACGGAUGCACAAGCAUCAUUUGCUUAAAAAAUACCUUGAGUUACUGAUGAACACUUUGAUAGCACUGUCUGGUAGGUCAUUUAAGUCACAAAUAUUGUUCUUUUUUAUGAACAAAGAUGAGAUUUUUAUCAUUGGACAUGUAUGCAAUGUACAUGUAUCUGUUUUCAAGUAUAUCAUGAUCCAAAACUUUGAUUUGUGGUACAAAGAAUAUAAUUACAAUAAUUUCUUAAUAAUUAAUACUCAUUUACACUUCAUACAUGCGGACAAGCUGAUAGCAGUUUUAUUGAAUUAUGAAUCUCAGUUUCUCUUGUUUUAAAAAUAUAAUGCUCCAUCAUCAAUACAUUUUUAAAGCUUUAGAACUCUUAACAUUUCCCGUUUUUUGUUUGAAAUAGUGUUGCUUUGUUAAUCCUAUUUCAUUCACUUUAUUAUCAAUAACUUUUAGAUAAUAUGUGAAUGAAAUUUAGAAUAUUUUAAAUGAUCAUUUAGCCAAGAAAAUUUUACUUAAAGCCAUAUAUUUUAUGUAAAGAAAUAUUUGACCCUGAGAGACUGCUUUAUAUAGUCACUCUACCAGUAGUACACAUGAUCACAAUCUGGGGAAAAAAAGGAAAUAAAAUAAACGUGUAUGCUAUA